CUGCCUCGCCGUCGCUCCGGAGGGAACACAUCGGUGUUCCCACGCUGGUCUUUGACCAAGUUGGAGAGACAGUUGGCGGUGGAGGCGUCGGUUGUCCAGUCCUGGACCAUGCGGGUCGAGCAGCCCGUUGAGGUGGAUGAGGAGGCGCGCAAGUUCCGCCGGUCCCUAUGGCGGAUUUGCGAUGCGUCGAUGCCCCGCGUCACGCAACGCCCUCCCAGAAACCAGGUGUAUUGGUGGACGCCGGAGAUCGCGCAGCUGCGUUCAGUUUGCGCGGUGCCGAGAUGCCAACACACCCGACAACGGAGGUGGCAUCCCCGCAACGAGGCCGAUGAACUUAAAGUACAAAUAAAAUUACUUAUAAUUUAG